CCAAUGAAUGUAUCCACGCCGCUCUUCUUUUUCUGUGACGGCUGUUGACGGUGACGAUGUCUCCUCUCUCUACUCCGACUCCUGCUUCGACUUCUGUCCCGAUCCCGAUCCCGCUCUCGUUCUCUGCGGUCCCGACUUCGACUCCGACUGCGACUGCGGCUGCGUACCCGUGGGGAGUCUGUGCGAAACUGUACAUGUGGUGAUGCCGCGCCGUAGUCGCGGUCCUUCCUCGUGAACGACUGCUUCAUCGAUGAAGGCCCUGGCUGAGAGAAGUAGCCUUGCUGAGGCUGUGGUGUAUAUGACUGUGGGCGGUAUUGGGCUUGCGGUUGUGGUCGCGAGGCCUUUUCAGCUGGGUGAUGUUGACCAUUCGAGGGAUACUGUACGCCAUUCUGAGGAUAUUGUUGGUUGUAUGGUGGGUAUUGUUGAUCGCCCGGAGGAUAUUGCUGACCGUUCGCGGGC